GGGUCGGCAAGGCUUACCGGUCAUGGGCCGGAUCACUCCCACAGAGAUUGUCCGUGGGCUGCGGGCUGGCGCAGCGUGAUGCCGGAAAUCAUGUCUGUGCAUGUCCACGGCGCCGGAAAUCACUUCUGCACAUGCCCAGAUGCCAAAAAUCACGCCUGCGCAGAAGCGAUUUUCGGUGUCUGGGCAUGCGCAGACGCUAUUUCCAGUAUCUGAAUACGGGGGACUCGCCAAGCAGGCAGCUUGGUUUGGGAGCGGCUUGUGGACCGAUGAAUGGUCUUCGUGGUCCGCACCCGGCCCAUGGGCCACAGGUUGCUGACCCCUGGCUUAAAUGCUUUGCGGCACAAUCCAACCACAGUGCAUUUCAUACAAGUGUUUGCAGCGAUCUUUCACAUACCUCACAAUGAACUGACACGUUUGGCCCGUGGCAUGAAUUCUUUUUAUUUUAUUUUAUUUUUGAUAAGAAUAAAGAAAUAAGAAUAAAAUGUGCACCCCAAGACCAAUCCAUUGUAACUAUCCAACCUCCCAAAAUUUCAACACCUCUUGCGAUGGUUUGACCCCUUUCCGUUUUACAAUUUCUACAAACACCUUCCGUAUCUCCUCAGAAUCAUUUCGUCUUACCUUAAUAGCACAUAUUAAUUUUUCAUUAAUAGCUAUAUCCCACACCUCUUUAUACCAUUCUUCCAUUCUUAUAUUCACCUUGCCCCUUCCACUUCCUAGCUAAUAACUCGUGCAGCUGCCAAUAAAUUUGUGAGCAAGUCCUUCAUAGCCGGCGAACCUUCCACCCCGUCGUAAAUUGAUAACAUUGCUACCUCUGGACUUUCGGUGAGCUUUGUGGCAUGAAUUCUUAACAGAACUUUGCCCUCUGUCCCCGCUCCUCUUGGUUUAUGCCCAAUUCCUUGAGGGUGUGUCACUGAACUGAAAUCUGCCCAAGGCCUAGGAAUGGGAGCACGGUGGAAACUGACAUAAAAAGCAAAUGCACUGGGUGGAAUAGCUUUGCACAGAGCAUCACAAGACAUGAUCUGAUAUGAUGCCAACAUUCCAAAGAGGCUUAUUUAUGUCCAAAGUGAAGAAUCACAACCCAGUAAGGAGAAGGUAAAGGAUACUGCAGAUGGUGACAGCAGCCACGAAAUUAAAAGACGCCCGCUUCUUGGGAGAAAAACAAUGACAAACCUAGACAGCAUCUUAAAAAGUAGAGACAUCACCUUGCCCACAAAGGUCCAUAUAGUAAAAGCUAUGGUUUUCCCAGUAGUAAUGUAUGGAAGUGAGAGCUGGACCGUAAAGAAGGCUGAUCGCUGAAGAAUUGAUGCUUUGAAUUAUGGUGCUGGAGGAGACUCUUGAGAGUCCCAUGGACUGCAAGAAGAUCAAACCUAUCCAUUCUGAAGAAAAUCAGCCCUGAGUGCUCACUGGAAGGACAGAUCCUGAAGCUGAGGCUCCAAGACGUUGGCCACCUCAUGAGAAGAGAAGACUCCCUGGAAAAGACCCUUAUGUUGGGGACGAGAGAACGAGAUGGUUGUAUAGUGUUUUCGAGGCUACCGGCAUGAGUUGGACCAAACUGCAGGAGGCAGUGGAAGACAGAAGUGCCUGGCGUGCUCUGGUCCAUGGGGUCACGAAGAGUCGGAAACGACUAAACAACAACAACAACGUUUUGCUUCAGCACCCAGCCUCUAAGCGUCUCUCUUAAAAAGGCAAAAACCUCAGGAAACACAAGAUUUACACACCAUGUGCGCACACCAGUGGUCAUGACAGGUUUCCACCUCUAAAGGGCGCUCUGUGUGUGUGAUGCGACGGCAUCAGACAAGCCUGCUAACAGAAUGUUCCCCUAACUCCACGAGGACUCGUCAACUUUGUGUUCCCCACGGUGAAGGGGAGGCACACUUUCCGAGGUUGCUUUAAGGACAAGUAUAAUCAGUGCACUCCAUAAAUAAUGUAAAGCCAGAAGAAACGUCCAGCAUUGUUUAGAAUAUUUUAUGAGGACUUUAUUGCUGUUAAUUGAAAGGGAGAGAUGGAUCACCGAGGGCUUUUGCAUAUUAUUUAACAGAACCUGGAGAAAUGGUGUGUCAACAUCUCUAAUCUGAUUAGCUCUGAUCCCUUCACCUUUUCUGUUUAAGUGUGUGUGGGGUGUGUGUGUGUGUGUGUGUGUGUGUGUGUGCGCACGCACGCACAGAGAGAGAGAGACAGGAUCACCUGGCACCUCUCAUUUUCAGCUAUUAAAUACAAAAGGGGAACCAACAACAUAUCCUCCAACAUUUCUCCGAUGAAAAUAGCGACGACGCGGGUAGCACUGUGGAUUAAACCACAGUGCCUAGGACUUGCCGAUCAGAAGGUCAGUGGUUCGAAUCCCCGCAACAGGGUGAGCUCCCGUUCCUCGGUCCCUGCUCCUGCCAACCUAGCAGUUCAAAAGCAUGUCGUACUUUGAUAAAUAGUAGAUAAAUAGGUACCGCUCCGGCGGGAAGGUAAACGGCGUUUCCGUGCGCUGCUCUGGUUCGCCAGAAGCGGCUUAGUCAUGUGGGCCACAUGACCCGGAAGCUGUACACCGGCUCCUUUGGCCAAUAAAGAGAGAUGAGCGCCACAACCCCAUAGUCGGUCACAACUGGACCUAAUGGUCAGGGGUCCCUUUACCUUUUAUUCCAUUGUUGUUUUACUAUUAUUAUUAUUAUUAUUAUUAUUAUUAUUAUUAUUAUUAUUACCCCUCUGGACAGCUUCCAACAUAUGAAAACAUAACAAAACAUUGAACAAUUUAAAAAACCACUUCCUUAUACAGGUCUGCCUUCCAAUGUCUUCUAAAAGUCGUACAGUUACUUAUCUCUUUGGCUCUGGGGUGGCGUAACGCCAUACCUCCCAACGUUUCUCUGUGAAAAUAGGGACGUCCUAAGGAAAAGGGGGACAGUCGGAAACUGGGAUGGCUUCUGUAAAUCCAGGUCAGUCCCUGGUAAAUAGGGAUACUUGGAAG